GUCUGUCUGUCUGUCUGUCUGUCUGUCUGUCUGUCUGUCGCUGCUGCUGCUGCAAACUUUCCUUAUCUUCCGGUACUCGGGACUCCUCUAACACAGUGAGCACACAGCUUUGGAGGCAAGAAGAAGAAGUGUGGAAGCGACAGGGGUAUGGUUACAGCUGACAGAGACAGAGUAUCUCUCUGUCGCCCGUAGUGACGCCGGCAGUGUGUGGCGGGGAGACGUCGACUUUUAACAGGGGAUCUUCCUCAUGCCACAGCAACUGAGCCAGGGCAAUUAACCUGCGGUAAGGAUUUUUGGUUAAGUGCACAAUGCCCCAGGCUGUGGACAUGAUCAACCUGGGUUUUCUGUCGGAGUCUGAGCAGGAGCUCAUCCUGGAGGUGCUGCGACGGGACGAGGAGCUGAGGCAGGCUGAGGAGCUGCGUGUGCGGAAGUUGAAGACAGAGUUGCUGGAUGUGAAGAGGAAAGGGGCCAAACGUGGCAGUGGGAGAUACAGUCAGCACAGUUGUGGCAGAUGUCAGGAGCCUCUUAGUCGACUUACUGUUUUCUCCAGCCAGUGUAAGAUGUGCAAUCACUACGUGUGCCGCAACUGCCGAACAGUUCUUCCUAAAGGAUCCUGGCUGUGCAGCGUGUGUGCCAAAGAGUCGGAUGUAAAGAAAAGGACAGGUGACUGGUUCUACGAUCAAAGGGUCACUCGUUUCUCCACACUGGCUACACAUGACCUAGUGAGAGCUUCCCUGAAAAAGAGGCCUCAGUUGAAGAAGCGAGAGACGGCAGGAGAAUUGCUGUUGAGAAGUACUGAAAUAAUCCCAGAUCCUCCCACUCCCAAGCCUCGGACCAAGCAGAAUCAUCUGUCAAGAGCAAACGAAGACCCUUCAACAGAGAAUUCAGAAUCGAUUGCUUCAGAGGAAUCAUUUGAAUCGAAGGACAGCGUUUGGCCACACCUAACACGCAGUGACACAGAGUCUGCAGAAAACAGCAGUAUAACUAGCAGUAAAACUGAGACUGAGUCUAGCCGUGUGACCCCUGAGCAGCCAAGGAGAGAGGACCACUCAGUUCAGUCCAGCUCAGCAGAAUCCGGUAUUUCCAGUCCAACAAUCCCAGUCAGAGCAGAUAUUGUCCCGGAAGUAAAACUGGACAGUCCAAGUCUGGAUUUAGAUGUUGAUAGACUCUUCAAGAAAAGCAUCAAGCGAGACCCAAGGCCUUCUGAGUGUGUGUCGACACUGGACCUGCACAAUGGACAGAACACAUCAGGGGCUUCAAUGGGCAACAGGAGUCAUUCUGUGCCAGGCCUAGACAUUCAGGAAGAUGGAGAGGAGGAGGAAGAUAUUGACAGCUUGGUUAACUUUCAUAAAAGGAAAAUGGUUUCAAGCUCCUCCAGUCUGCAUAGCUCAAAGAGCACACUGGGGAGUCUGAUGAGUCUUUACAGUGAAGCAGGAGACUUUGACAGCGUGGAGGUGAGCGGAGAAGUCGUCUUCUCUAUGAGCUACAAUGAACGCACCCAGAGCCUCCAGGUCUUUAUCGAAGAGUGCCAUGGGCUUGCCUGCGGCGAUACCACACGGCAGCUGUCCAACCCUUAUGUCAAAUGUUAUCUGCUUCCUGACAAAUCUCGCCAGAGCAAAAGGAAGACCAGCAUCAAGAAAAACACAGUCAACCCUGUCUACAAAGAAACACUGAAGUACUCUAUCAACCGUUCUCAGCUGUCCACCCGCUCCGUGUUAAUCUCAGUCUGGCAUUAUGGCCGCUUCAGCCGCAACGCCUUCCUUGGAGAGUUGGAGAUUCCUCUUGACUGCCAAGACCUCAACUCCCCACAAAUGGAGCGCAUGGCUCUCAUGUCAAAGGCGGCCUCUGCUCUACCUGCUUCAGCUUUUAGUCACUACAAAGGAGACUUGGUGAUCUCCUUGAAAUAUGUAACACCUAAAAAGGCAACAGCUGAGAAAGUCAAAGGCAAAAAGGCGGUGACUGAGGAAGGGGGAGAACUACACGUCCUAAUUAAAGAAGCAAAGAAUUUGAUGGCAAUGAAACCAGGAGACACAUCAGAUAGCUUUGUAAAAGGCUACUUGUUCCCAAUUACUGCGAAGACCACAAAGAAGAAGACUCCAGUUGUGAAGAAGAACCUGAACCCCCACUAUGACCAUACGUUUGUGUACAAGCAGCUGGCUCUGGAGCAGCUGAAGGGGAUGUGUCUGGAGCUGACUGUGUGGGACAAAGAGGCCAUGUCAAGCAAUGAAUUCCUGGGAGGAGUCCGUCUCAGCUCUGGAGAAGGCAGUAUAAAAAUAGGAAAAGAGGAAGUGGCGAUGGACUCCGUUGGAGAGGAGGUCAGUUUGUGGCAGAAGAUGAUGCAGUACCCUGACUCGUGGGCAGAGGGCACUCUGCCACUACGUUCCACUAUGAAGGCUGAGGGGAAAUGAGGACAGCACAGAGCUGGAUCUACUAUUGAAAAAAACAAAAACAAAUCCUGAGACUGAAAUGGGGAGAAUCUGUGGUGAUCUGAGACAAAUGUGAGAUUGUGGAUUAAUUUCACUUUACAAGCUUAUCAGCACAGAAGCUUGUCUACUGAAGUGAACCAACACAGCGACACAUGCUCACACCUGCCUCCCUACAUGGAGUAACUGUUAAUAAUGUGCCAAAGCAUCAUAACACUAAACUCUGUAUUUAUUUUAAGAGUUCUGGCGGUAUAUAUUAUUGCAAUUCAAAGUCAUGCAUAACACUUAGCACAGAAAGAUUGUCACAAUGUGUCACCUUUUUCUUUAUAACUGUAUACAGAAUUAAGAUGAUGUGGGAAAACAAUUCAUUUUACUGUUAUCAUUUAUACAUACAAUUAUACAAAAUUUCUGGUGUUGCAUCCAACAAAUUGUACUUAUUUUAAUCUAAUAUUAUAUUUUAAAUAAAUACUAUCAUGUAAAAAUUAUAUUUAUAUAAGUUGUGUAAUAAGCCUUAUUUGAAAUAAUUAAAUGUCUAUUUUCAGAUAUAAAUGUAGAUUUUUAACUUAACUCUAUAACUACUGAGUGUUCCUCAGUAGUCUCUAGUAGAAACAAGUAGUUGUCUGUUUGAGUUCUCAUUAAAUAUCUGAUUUACUAGCAGGCUACUUGACAAAAGAUUAUGCAUCCAACUCAAUAUUACGUAUAAUAAAAUGUCUUUAUUUGUUUA